UCUUGAGUUGUAAGAAUAAAUUUCAGCUGUCGUCUUUACUAGGAUUUUAAUCCAUGUACUUGUGUUUCAUGUCUGACUUCUAAUUAAGAGCACAAUAAUAUUACCUUUUUUACAUUUUUUGUUCUGGAAUAUUUUCUUUCUUUUUGUACACGUUCAAUGUGCAGAAACAAUAUCUUAUUAAAAUUGACAUGUAUGGAAGAUGUUCUAGGACACAGAUUUGAUCAAGACCAUAAGCAGACCCUCUGGCAAAACUUGCUUGCUUCGCUCUAAGUGGUUUAUUUCAGAUGUAAAAGGAUACAGGACAGGGCCAGAAAGCUUAAUGUUGUUUUUCCUGAAGAGUCUGUAUAAAAGCUACCGUUGGAUAAAGUGGCAUCAUAACUACAUGAUCCAAAACAUGUUUAUUUCCAGCUUUCCAAAUGUAUUGCACAUUCAGCUAAUACAAAUGUUUUGGCUGUGACCCCAGUCCUUAACAUUUUAUAUUUACGAAAGAGUUAGAAACUGCUUAAAUCUGAGUCUAAUUAAUGCAAACCUGAUUUACAUACAUUAAACCAUGUUAUACAUAAUUCAUAACAUCAUAUUAGCAAAGCUAUUUGACAUAGAGCAAGAGGAACAGAAAUGAAUGCAGUGUAAUUUAAGGAUUAAGCCCGAAUUAUGUGUUUUGUAUGUUAAGAGGGUAUCUUGGGCAGCGAAACUAGCUGUGCAGGUGGAAGUGUGCCAAACUGCUCUGUAGUAGGUAGGUCACUUUCACUAGUUAUGUAAACAUGCUUCACAAGUGCAACUGGUCUACUUUAGGCAGUUAUACAAAACUGGCCACGCAUUUUGCUACCCUUGACAAGGUCAAGGUACGCUCAUCUAAAGUAUAUGUUUCUGCAGUUUCGCAUUAUUUAUUUUACCAUUAUGAAAACUAUGAUGUAGCAAAAAAUAGUUUACUUAUAAAAAUAACUACAUUGUAUGUUUCAAGUCAAGCCAUUUGUUUCUCUGUGUAAUACUAAAUUCAAAACUUCAGAGUUAAGUUGGCCAGCGUAAUAAUUGAAAAAUAUUAAACUGCUUUGAGAAGUAUUUUUUCCCCUUUAAACACAUUAAUUUGCCUUCAGGCUAGAAAUCUGUGUACCAAAUUUCAGACUGAUCCUUUAGAGCAAAAACAUAUUUAAGCGCCUCAAACUAAGAUUUCACGUGGAAAAUGUAACCCAUCCUUAAUUACAGUUGCAUCACAACACUAGCGGCAUUCCACUAACGUUGCAUAAAGCCUUGCUUGCCCCUCCUGAGUGCACUAAAUAUAAAUGUGCAUGAGCAGCAGAAGUAUUUUUGCCUGAUAACUGAAUCAGCUAAAUAAUGUUUGUACUAAAAUUGUUUAUCUGGACAUCACUUUCUCUGGUAAAGCCAUUCGUCAAACCUGAUAAAUAAGUGGAAUCAUAAUUACACUUUCUCAUUAAUUUUAGAUGCUGUCUCAUUAUUUUGUUGCUUGCCUGAGAAAUUAAUGGUUCCACUUGUCACGCUGUCAAAGUAUAUAUAUUUGUUUGGAAAACAGGAAUUUUUUUUUAACAUUGUAACUGCAGUUAAGCAGUUCUGUGGAGUCCUGCUUUUCUUGAGUUACUCACCAAUCCGCAGGUACAGAAACCCUGGCACACUGAGUUCAUUCUUCUGAAAUCUAUUGCAUUGACAUGGGGUUAUGGACUCUUGGAACAUAUUUUUCUGUGUGUAAUUGAUUGCACAGCAGUUUGCUGAAUGCUAUUCAGAAGGCUAAUUGCAUAUUAAGAUAAUUCUUUUUCUGUAGCUCAAGAUAGGUUAUAAAUUUCACAAAAGACUGAUUUUCUCUGUGUUGUAGCAUGUCUAUGACUAUUGAGUAUUAAGGGUGAACUGCACCAAAGUGCCAGUCCAAAUGCCCCCUCUUUAAUUCAGAGUUUGUAUCUGAAGCUUAUGGAAUAUUUUCUGCAAAGCUGAAACAUAUCAUGCUAAUCUAUCAUGCCAGAUAUCAUGCUAAUUUGGGGGCGAGGGGAGGGAGGGCUUGUGUGUGUGUGUGUGUGUGUGUGUUUUUUGUUUUUAUUUUCACAGCUUGUCAACUGGUGAAUAGAACGUGUUCAGAGAGGUUUCGGUGGUUGUGAGGAUGUAGCAAAGCUGGUCUGUUUGAGGUCUUCCUGGCUGUUCUCCACUGCUGAUGUGCUUGCUUACUUUCACCUUUCUUGGAUGGAAACAGGGACAAAAACAAACGCUGCUGUUCCUCUGAGCUGCAAGAACUCUUGCUUGUACCGCUCAGUGAAAAGAAUGGCAAAAAGAAAUGUCCUCAUUACGGGUUGUUCCUCAGGAAUUGGACUGGCUUUAGCUGUAAAAAUGGCAAGAGAUGAACAGAAAAGAUUUAAAGUGUAUGCCACGAUGCGCAACCUGGCCAAGAAAGAGGCGCUUGAGGAGGCUGUAGGUGGCAGGCUGGGCAAAACCCUGGAAAUUAAACAGCUGGAUGUCUGCGAUGAACAGUCCAUUAAAACUUGUGUGAAUAGUAUCCCUGACAGAAGGAUUGAUGUCUUAGUUAGCAAUGCUGGAAUGGGACUCAUUGGACCUAUUGAAUGUCAGACCAUAGAGGAAAUGAAAACUGUGAUGGAUACCAACUUCUUUGGACUGGUUCGACUCCUGAAGGAGAUUUUACCUGAUAUGAAGAAGAGAAAGAGCGGGCAUAUAGUUAUAAUAAGCAGUGUUAUGGGAAUACAAGGUAUCUUAUUUAAUGAUGUUUAUGCUGCGUCUAAGUUUGCUGUGGAAGGAUUCUGCGAAAGCUUAGCUAUACAGGCACUCAAGUUUAAGCUCCAGUUAAGUCUGAUUGAACCCGGCCCAGUGGUCACAGAGUUUGAAAGAAAAGUUUUUGAAGAUGGAAUGAAAAUGGAUCUUUCAGCUGCAGACAAGGAAACAGCUGAGAUGUUUACUAACAUUUACCUUAAAAAUUACAAACAAAUUUUCCAGAGCCUGGGGCAAAGUGCUGAGGAUGUUGCAGAGCAUACAGUAAAGAUAAUUCUUGCAGAGAAUCCGCCUUUUCGCCAUCAGACCAACACCUUGUAUACUCCGAUGACAACUCUGAAGUAUGCAGAUCCAAAUGGAGAUCUACCCAUUGAUACAUUCUACAAAAUGGUUUUUCAUCAUGACAAAGUCUUCAGCGCGAGUCUUAACUUUAUCAAACUGCUAAGGUGGAGAAGUAGAAAGAGCUUUGACCUGGGAAAACCCUCACAAUAAAUGCCAGUUUAUUCUGUGUACAUCUGAAUAAUUUGUUCUAGCUACUGAUAACACAGUAUGUUGUUAUUAAAAUGUAUUUGCUCUGUAAUUGUUAAAAAGGCAAUCAAGAUGUUUGUUUGAGCUUAGCUAAGAUAUUCAGCUCAGUUUAUUUAUCUUGAACUUUACAGUUUCCAGACUCUUGAAAGUAAAAUCUUCUACAGGUUUGGUCAGUUUAGCUCUUGCCUUUUACAGAGAUCAGUUUUUGUGGAAAUGUGAACAUUAAUUGACAUUUAUGUAUUAAAUACUAAUCUGAUCCCCUUCACUUACUAGACUAUAACAUAACCUGAGAUGUGUACUGCAUGUAAAUUAUGGAUAGAUUCUCAAAUCAUAAAAUUAUUUUAUCCUUCUGCUUACUAGUAUGGUAACUCCUCAAUCACAGUAGCAUCACACUUCCAGAAAUCAGGACUAACUGCAGAAUAUACAAGAACAAUACCCGUCAAUCCUUUAAAAAGUGCAACUAGAGUAUUUUAAUAUUAUUUUUACAUAUAUAUAUAUAUAUCACGUUAUGAA